CACGAAGCGAGGUACUGAAGAACCGCCUCGCCCGCCCUCCCCUCGCGGCACCGCCCCCUGGGGCCUCCCCUCAGCCCUUAAAUCCCGGCGCCGGGGCCGCGCCGCAGGGAAGGUGCCGCUGCCCUCAGCAUGGCGGGGCCGUGCCGGCGCCUCGCGUCGCUGCUGCUGCUCUGCGGCUGCCUGUGCGCUCCCGCCCGCGCCGGCCUGUACUUCAGGGAAGGGCAGCACUGCUACAAGCCGUCCCCGCGCAGGGCGCCCGGCCUGAGGACCUACCCGCGCCCGCACGAGUACCUGGACGUAUCCACGCUGCCCGCCAGCUGGGACUGGAGGAACGUGAACGGCGUCAACUACGCGAGCACGACGCGAAAUCAGCACAUCCCCCAGUACUGCGGGUCCUGCUGGGCCCACGGCAGCACCAGCGCCCUGGCAGAUAGAAUCAACAUCAAGAGAAAAGGUGCGUGGCCUUCUGCUUACCUCUCUGUCCAGAAUGUGAUUGAUUGCGCGAACGCGGGAUCCUGCGAAGGUGGAGACCACUCGGGGGUUUGGACGUAUGCCCAUGACCACGGCAUUCCAGAUGAGACCUGCAACAACUACCAAGCUAAGGAUCAAAAGUGUAAGAAGUUUAACCAGUGUGGAACUUGUGUCACUUUUGGAGAGUGCCAUGUGAUAAAGAACUACACUCUCUGGAAAGUUGCUGACUAUGGGUCUGUCAGUGGAAGAGAAAAAAUGAUGGCAGAAAUAUAUGCUAAUGGACCAAUUAGCUGUGGCAUAAUGGCUACUGACAAGCUGGAUGCCUACACUGGAGGACUUUAUACAGAGUACAACCCCUCGCCUUCGGUGAAUCACAUUGUAUCUGUGGCUGGCUGGGGUGUGGAAAAUGGAACGGAAUACUGGAUUGUUCGUAACUCGUGGGGUGAACCCUGGGGUGAAAGGGGGUGGCUGAGAAUUGUGACAAGUGCAUAUAAAGGUGGAAGAGGAGCAGAGUACAAUCUUGCUAUUGAAGAGGACUGUGCAUACGGAGAUGUUGUGCUUCCCUGACCCCGUACUGUACAUCUUUGUUUAGGAACCACUUUGUUUGGAAGCUUCUCCACACAACCUUUUUCUGUUUAAAAAAUAGUAUAGAACUUUUUCCACAGUUCAACACCAUGAGGCAGUUCUGCAACAUUAGCCCAGAAAGCAACACUCAAUGUCUUGGGAGUAAAAUAGAGCUGCCUGAGAUAAAUAUUUACAAUUUUAUAACAAAAGUAAUUUACCCAUGGAAAAAGGUGUCAGCCUUGACACAGUGUUUCAAUCAUACUGAAUUAUGUCACAAACUGUAUAUGUAAAUCUCACAACAUUUUUUUAAAUACUCAUUAUGUAGGCAUACUGGGAAGGAAAAAGUAUACUCAAUAUUUGGGUCUAGAGCUUAUAUUCAAUUCUCUGCCAGCACUGUGCAUGUAUCCUCUCACAAGAAUGUACAUGAAAAUGCAAAAGCCAAGUCUGGACAGGACACACUGAAAAACUAAAUCUGCUGUUGUUUCCCAGUGCAACAGUGUUGUUGGAAGUCUCAUUUAAUGCACUUGCUUUUAUCUAACCUAAAAACUGGAAGAGGAAUUACUUUGAUCAAAAUAUAGUCUAAACACUCAUUGGUUAUUGAAUUAGUCUUGUCUUUGCUCUAAAUUCUUGCCUUAACAUGGUAUUGGAUGUGACAUUUUUCUACUAAAGAUGCAAAGUAUCAAUUGCCACAAGCCAGAACUCUUCAGUAAUUAGGAAGAUACCAAUUUCUCUUCCUUAGUAACUGUCUCAGUUUUGAAAUGACCCUGAUUUGCCAUUUAGAUGUUACUAACUGGCAUUGGUAAUUGCCUUUAAUAAAUGGACUUUUUCUUACAUGA